UUAACUGUGGUGCAAAUGUGUGUGAACCGUGGGUGGAGAACGGUGCUGUUUGCUUUUUUACAGAGAACUGUAUUCCUUUUUUAUUUGUUUCUAUGUUUUAUUUCAGAUGCCCCAGUGCCCAGCAUCACAGUGUUCAGGCAGAUGCAGGACAGAGAGCGUGUGAUAGUGAUGUGUUCAUUUGGCAGGAGGUUCAUUGAGAGCUCUUUCCAGCUGUCAGUGGAGGGUGAACACAACUACACACUGAAGAACCCACUGUGUUAUUCAAAUGAAAAGUGUGUGUUUGAUGUGAAAGUGAGCUCACCUGUUUCCUUCACCUGUGUGCACGAGCUGAACGCUGUGGUGAACCAUCACAGUGAGACUUACACAGGUGAUCAUGAGGAAGUAGUAUCUUUAUUCUACAUCUGCUUUUCCUCCUUCAUUGCUGUUGGUCUCGUCAUCAUGACUGCGGCAGUGAUCGUGACCACCAUCAGGAGCAAAGCUUAAGACUCCAUCAACUCCACCACAAUUGUUACCAACGAUGAGCACAUGAAUAAAUAAUCAGAAGACUUUCUAAAGAGAGAAGAGCAGACCUGAAGAGGAAAAACAAACUUUUACUGAAACAUAUGUGAAUUAUUCGAUUAACCUUUCAAAUAUAGUCAUCUUGCCAUACAGCUUUGGGAUGUUUUAACCUUCUGACAGUCUGCGUGAUGUGUGAGGGCUCACACACUUCUGAAACAAUGUUAUAAAAAGUGUUUUUUCUUCUACUGAACACAAAAGAAGAUACAGUAUUUUUAAGAAUAUGGGCAACCAACCAAAUUAUUUUAAAGGGGAAAAAAUACUAUGGAAGCCAAUGGAGCCCAUCAUCUGUUUGGUUAUCAACAUUCUUCAAAAUAUCUUCUUCUGAGUUCAGCAAAAGAAAGAAAUUCAUACAGGUUUGGAACAACUUGAGAGUGAGUAAAUGAUGACAGAAUUUUCCUUUUUGGGUGAACUAUCCCUUUAACGUUGACAGCCCUAAUUAUAUUACAUGAUUACUUUUUUUUAGAAAAAAAAAACGUUAAUAAUUUGAGAUUUUCUUUUAUAUUUUACGUGAUGCAAUUUUAGAACUGCGUAUAGCAGCAACUUUAUUUUCUCAUUAGGAUAAAUUGCUUAUGCAGUAACAUUUGUAUGUUUAGAAGAAAAUGUCAUCUAAAUUAAUUCAUAUAAAAAUAAAUGUGUCACUUAUU